AUGAAGGACGAGUACAAACCUAUCUCGAAUGAAGGCAAAGACAACUGGGGCGGAUGGGCUGCUACGCUCAUUGAUACGCUGGACACACUGUGGAUAAUGGGCCUAGAAGACGAGUUUCGAGAGGCAGUGGACGCCGUCGCGAAGAUCGACUUCGGAAAUUGUACAGAGGUCAACAUCAGUGUUUUUGAGACAACUAUCCGCUAUCUUGGAGGCUUGAUUGGUGCCUACGACCUCAGCGGUGAAGACGUCCUGCUCCAGCAAGCCAUCCAAGUCGGCGAAAUGCUCCUGCGAGCCUUCGACACACCAAACGGAAUGCCCGUCGACCGCCUCGACAUCGCAAAAGCCAAAGUAGGAGCCGGCUUCAUGCCAGACGGCCACAUCUGUAUCGCUGGAGUUGGCUCAAUGACCAUGGAAUUUGUCCGCCUUGCCCAGAUCACAGGCAACUCAAAGUACUACCACGCAGUUGCCUGGAUCACCAUCAUCCUCGACCACAACCAGGCCUACUCACUCAUUCCCGGCCUCUUGCCCACGUGGAUGGACGCCCGCCACCUCAGCUUCAACGGUUCGCGCUCGACCACCUUCGGCAUCGGCGCCAUGGCCGACUCCACCUUCGAGUACUUCGCGAAGACGCACGCGCUGCUCGGCGGCCUCGAGCCCGCCUACGAGAAGCUCUACCGUGAGUCCAUGGACCAGAUCGACAAACACCUCCUCUUCCGCCCCAUGCUCCCCGGCGACCCCGACAUCCUCUUCGCCGGCGACCUUCGCAUGCCCUCGUAUAACGACCCCGCCGAAACCAUCCUGAACCCAAACAUGCAGCACCUGACCUGCUUCGCCGGCGGCAUGUACGCGCUCGGCGGCAAGCUCUUCAACAGCGCCCGCGACGUCGCCCUCGGCGCCAAGCUCACGGACGGCUGCGUGCACGCCUACGCCGCCACGCCCUCGGGCAUCAUGCCCGAGAUUUUCGAAAGCGUUCCCUGCGCGUCGCGCGCGUCGUGCGCGUUUAACGAGUCCGUGUGGGGCGCGGCGGUGGUCAGGCACUACGGGGCGCAGUACGCGUUCGACGCGGAGAAGGCGGCCGCGGAGCAGCGCUUGCCGCGGGGUUUUACGGCCAUCAGGGACUAUACGUAUAAGUUGCGCCCGGAGGCGAUCGAGAGCGUGUUUGUGCUGUACCGCGUUAUGGGCGACAAGAAGUACCGGGAGGCGGCGUGGGAGAUGUUUGAGGCGGUUGGGGGCGCGACGGCGACGCAGUUUGGAAAUGCGGCCGUGGAGGAUGUGACGGUGAGGGGGGGCGAGCUGGUGGAUAGUAUGGAGACCUUUUGGCUCGCGGAGACGCUGAAGUACUUUUACUUGGCGAGAGAGUUUCGAAACUAA